CCGAAAAUAGUAGUAAGAAACGAACUAGUACAUCCACCGAAGAGUCAUCUAGUAAGAAAAAGAAGACAUCUGAUAAGGAAGGCGAUUCUGCUAUGUUGAAAAAGCUUGUUAAGGUGCUAAAGGAUGAUAGUAUCAAUCAAGAAUUGUCAUUCCCCACCCAGUUACCUGAAGAUAGUUAUACUCAUCUCUAUAAAGAAAUCGUUAAAGCCGAAACUCAAAAUGAUUCUGCUAGUCAAAGG